AUGGCAGUCAUGUGCUCGAUUUUAUCAUAAAAGAAAUAAAUAUUAUCUGUUCACUUUAUUUUAUUUAUUUAUUUUUUAUUUUACACUUUUUUGCGCUCUCGGCUGUAAAAUUUCGUCUUUCUUUUUCAUUCGAAAAGAAAUAAAACAAUGAUAAACGAAUCAAAGCGCAGUCAGUUCAAUGUGAGGAAAAUUGUACGAAAAUCAAUCGGAUAUUUUUGCUCUUCGGGGAAAACUAAGCGAAACGUGAAGGGAACUUGUGUACUUAAACAAAAUCAUCGCGAUAAAUUACUUCGAAUUGACGGCGGAUCAAAAAAAUUCGUAAAAAGAAAUUAGUAUAAUUAAUCCCGAAAAAAAAGAAAUGAGAAUCAAACAAAUUUUGUGAAUCAACAAAAAUAAUAAUAAAAAUAAAACAAAUACACACACAUACACACAAAAGAGAAGAAGAAUCAGAGCGGAAAUAGUGUCCUACUGAAGUGAAGAGUGUGAAAAACGAUUUUUAAUUUGUUGUGCAUCAUCAUCAUCAUCAUCAUUAUCUUCGUCGCCAAAAACGACAAACACACACAUUGCACUAAAGAAAGAAUUAAAAUUAACAAAUUGAAUUCAAGCAUCUAGACCCAUUGAAGAAAAAGGAGGAAAAGGAAGCGUGUGUACAUUUCAUUCCCUCAAUCGAUUGCUCCAGCUUGUCGCGCUCUCAUUUCUUCAUUUCCCGCUCGUUGCCGUUCGCUCCGCAAAAGAAACGCAAAAAAUUCGUAUAGUUUCUUCAGCAUAUUUUUUUUAAAUUCCAGAACAAAAUGGAUACAGAAUACGUGCCAUUUCUCCUAGUCACAGCUAAUGUGGGGAGUGUUUUUGAAGAUCCGUCACGAUUGCUAGUGUCAUGGAUAUCAGAGUUUUUGGCCAAAAUUUCCCUGCUAAAACCGCAAUUUGUUGCGUUGCACUUGCAAGAGGUUGGCGGCAAAACGUACGAAAAAUCUAUGGAAUACGUGCAAGAAUUCAUUCGCCUGCUAUCUGAAUCACCCGAACUGGAGUGCUACAACCGAAUUCGAGUAUAUUUAGAUGAAGAUUACACCUCCGCCGAACAUUUUACGGCACUGGGCAAUUUGUACUUCAUUGAAAAGUCAAUAAGCACCGUAAAAAUAUGGAAUUUUCUGACGCACGAAUGGGAAACGGUCGAAGGAAAAAGUGUACACACUGGCAAUAUAGAGGCUGUCGCAACCAAAGAAAAGUCCAAAUUUCCGCAACAUUUCUUUCCCGAAUGCAAGUGGUCACGAAAGGGUUUCCUGCGAACGCGUUGGGAAAUCAAUGGCACCGUAUUUGAUAUGAUUAACAUUCAUUUAUUUCAUGAUGCAUCUAAUUUGGCUGCAAGCGAAGAAUCACCAUCAGUCUAUUGCAAAAGUAGGCGUCGAGCUUUGGUCUAUACACUGGAGCGGUUUCACAAAGAUGUUUUAAACGGAGUGGCACCAUAUUUUGUAUUCGGUGAUUUUAACUUUCGUUGUGAUACAGAAGGUGUAGUCAAGAAAUUAUCUGAAGACUUAACAAUUCACAGAAUAUUAAAUGUUAAAAAUGACCACUACAAGGUUCAAUACCGUGAUGCAGAUGCACAAAAUGUGCUGACUAUUGGAAAAAAGGAAUUCCAUCACGUGGACCAUCAGAUUAAAUUUAAAGAGUCAUGGCUACAACAUUUCGACUGUGAAUUGCAACCAUUGAAAGAGGUACUUGUUGAAUAUCCAAUUACAUUCCCACCAUCGUAUCCGUACGAAGAAGACCCGGCAUUGCCACAAGAUUAUAUGCUAACGCGAUGUCCAGCGUGGUGUGAUCGCAUUUUGAUGAGUCCAGCCGCUAAAAAUCUCAUCAAUGACAAAAAUUUCUCAUCACUACAUUACAAUACCAUUGGAAAUAACAUUUGUAUGGGAGAUCAUAAGCCUGUCUUCUUAAGUAUCAACUUGAAAACAUUUCAAGGAAAGAAUCUUCAACGAGAUGAUUUAUUAAUAUCACCUGAAUUACAAGAGAUUAUUGAUCAGAUAUUCGGCAAUGAUGAGAAUACACAUAGCGAUAACGAUGACGAAGAUGCGGCCAAUGAAGAAUCAUCUGGCAUUGUUGCAAACAGUAAAUUCAUUCAGUUAAGUAGCAUUAAACAAGAUGUUGAAUCGACCAGUACUGAUUGUUAUUAUCCAAAUAAUGGAAAUUCGGUGGUUUUUCGUGAGACAACUGUUUGAAAAUGCGAUCCCGAUGGUAAAGAAAAAAAGAGUUAGCCAAAUGUGUUUUCAGGUGAAGAAUCAUAUGUAGAAUAAUACCAUUAACUGCAACCUAUAUUCACAUCCCUUAUCCAUUUAUGAGAUAAAAUAAAAUUUAUAAAACCCGAUAGCAAAGAGAAAAGCAACAAAAACACCAGGAUAAUAGAAUUAUUUACACUGUGCAAUUUAAAAACACCAUUUUACUAUUUUCUUACACAUUUUUAUUGUUCGAUUUUUGUGUUGUGACAUGAUUUAAAUGAUUAAAUUGACUGCUCGACAGGCAAUUUAGUGACAUAAUUGUCAGACAGACAUUUAAGCUUGGCCAACCAAAUGAUUGGUCUUUAUAAAUGUAUCAAAUGAGGUUUGACAACAGUAAUAGAAGUGAUAAAAUCUCUAUACAUUACGUCGAGUUAAAAUGAUUUCGAACUUGAUUUUUUUUACCAGACCUUAUUAGUUUCAAAUCUCGAACCGCUGCUUUUGAUGCAUAUUCUGUUGGUCAUCAACAGUAACUGGUAAGUGUGUAAGUUUCAUUAAGUUUAUUAGAGUGAUUAGAGAUCUUCUAUUACACCACUUUAUUUCUCUCUCGUAUCAAUGGUGAUUUGUUGCUGUGUACGCAUUCACCAUUAGAAGUAAACAAUAGCAGCAGUUUGGCAAUUGGUUCGAGAUAAGGACGGAAGUUCCGCGGUCGAACCAAUUUCUGUGAACACAAUAUGCUCAAUCAUAAAUUUUUCCCAUCAUUUUCUCCCAAUUUUCAUUGAUUAAUAUAAAUAAUAUUAUGACGUGUUGAAAGUAUGACGUAAAAAUGAUGUAUUAAAUAGAGACCAAAUCAGUAUUUUUAAAUCAAAAUGAAUUACUAGAAAUGAGACAAUCGAAAUGAAUUCAGAUGAAUCAAUUUGAAAGCGAAAAAAAAAUUACCUGGAACCAAAUGUCUUGUUUUCUUUUUUGAGAAUUUUAGUAUUAUUAGAAGAUUUAGUCAUUUUUGUGUAGAUUUAACUAAUAAAAUACGUUUGAGAUUUUGAUGUUUUCACACAAAUACACACACAUAUAAACAUCCAACAAACUCGUGAUUCCAAUUCAAAAGAAUUAAGUUCUUUGAAAUAUAUGUUUUCAAGUGCAGAGAAGAAGAAAAACCAGAAACAACAACAUUUAUAAUAAAAUCGUCCGUCCGAUUUUGUUGCGUUAAAAUAUUUGCCCAGUUUGGCUGUCGGUCUCGAUUAACCAAAUAUUUUUUUGUUCCGCAUAUAUUUUAGGUGGAUAUUUUUAUUCGGUAAUUUAUUUUGUUUUUUGGAAACACCAUUAUAUAUUUAUAUAUUUUAUCGAAUAUGAAUGUGAGAAUUGAAUUAACUAAAACAUCAAAAACAAACAAACAAACAAAAUAACAAACAACUAUAUAUUUAUGACGCGCACGCACAACAUGAAAAUCAAGUGAAAAGGAAUAUUUAAUAUUUUUUAGUUCAAUUUAUAAAUCGAAAAUCCGAAACAAAUAUAAAAUGAUGAUAAAAUGAUAAAAUGAUUUGAUCUCAUUUACGUAUAUGGAUGUUUAUACGAUGAUAUGAAUAUAAUAUUUUAUUUGAAUUGUUAUUGCCGUAAUCACGAAUAGAAUUGCAAAGCACCAGAUUUAAUUAUAUAUCAUUGUAUCGGUUUUUGAUGAUUUUCAUGUGAUUCCAUUGUAUUACUUAGCUCAUCUGAGAUAAAUGUGUUUAUUGUUCGUAAAAUACAUGUGUUAACAACUUAUAUAUCUUUUUUUAUGGAUUUUCAAACAUAUUAUAGCCAUUCAUGACUAUUUCAAUCAGAAUACAAAAGAACAAAGGGGUAUUUAUCAUAUUUAUUAUUAAAUUAUAUUUGAAUGAUAGUUGAUUUUUAAUUUCCAUAUGAAUGUUUGUGCAAAAACGAUAAGGUAUCAAGUAGUUUUUCUGUCCCUGGCAAAGCAAACGGUUUUUAGGGGAUCAGAAUAUCGAAUUGCAGAGGACAUGUGCCAGCCAAAUAGAAUCCAAAACAAUAAUGUAAUUUGAAUGAGCUUACCAACAAAAUGCAAAAACAAAUACACAUUUAUUAGAUAUAUUAAUGUCAACCAAGCAUGUAACGAUAGCAAUAGUAGUAAAUUUCUCCAUAAUUCAAGUGUUUUCUUGUCCGCGAACAACAACCAAAUAAUUAGAACAAUUUUAAAUGAAUUUAGACACCUCACUGAAUGGGUAUUAGAUUACUGAAAUGUAUUUGUGCCAUAUUAUAUACAUUUAUUCAGAUUUAUUUAAUAUUAUUUAGUC